AUUGCNUGCAACGAUUGUGGGCAAUCGUUUUUGUUUAAAGGUAAUCUGUUUGUACACCAACAGAAACAUGCAGGCCAAACGAUACAGUGCAAGUAUUGUCAGAAGCGUUACGUUCGUUCUAUUGAUCUUGAAGUUCAUUUACGAAGCCACACGGGUGAUACGCCAUUUAAAUGCGAUAAAUGCGAAAAAGCCUUUACAAAAAUGUCCACACUGCGAAAGCAUGCACAAUUACAUGAGGGACUACAGUGGAAGUGUGAGGACUGCGGGAAGGAAUAUUCAUAUGAAUGGACACUACAAAGACACCGUCUAGAACAUACAGGGUUGCCGUUAAGAUGUUCAAUUUGUGAAAAAGAAUUCCCCGAAAUGUACAAAGUACGCCGACAUAUUAAGAACGUGCACAAGAUUAAUUUGCCCGAAAUAGAAAACUUCGUUGUAUCGCUCAAAGGGAAAAGGAAGAAUGGAAAUGUAACCCAACAUUCUACUGAGAAAGCGGGAGAGCUUGCAGUAAUGAAUUAGGAAUUAAAAUUAUUUGACGCAUUUAAAAUUGUUGGGUAAUAUUUUUAACAACCACACAUAAAUAAGGGAUGUACACAUGUUUGUGGUGUGUAGAUGAGAUGUUUAAAGUCCAGUCAUACUUGGCUAUGCAAGUUCGUAUUCUACAUAUUUUGUCAUCAAAUUAAGGAAGUGAAAUAGUAAUCAAUCUUCGUGUGAACACAAAACAAUGGAGGGGUUUUAAGCACCGAGAGCGAGGGCAGAGCGAAUACGUUUUCGAUGUUCGCAUUAUGAGAGUAAAAGAUGCAUUGACGAAAUGUAUGGAUCGUGUUUUGAAAGUGCUACACGUUCUAUAUUUAUUGACGGUAUUGCGAUCCGCGAUCCAGAUUACAAAAUUUUAGAAAUUUUGCGAUAUAGAUCACGAACCAUGAAUACUGCAUGCUACACCGUCAAUAAAUAGCGCGAUACUUGGAUAACGUCAAUAAAUACUGACCGUGUGACGAAGCCCUUAAAGCAAUUGGUGCGAUUUGCAAAAUACAUUUGUAACGAACGUAAUAAAUAUUUUAAAUUGAAGCUCUUAAAAACACAUCAUUUACGUCAUAUCCAUCAAAUUAGUGGGAAUAUUUUUGACUUUUUGUUAAGAAAUCCUCAAAAAAGAUUUUUAAAAUCGUCCGACUGGCAGAACAAGCGUGAUGGUAUCUUUAAAUUUUAAUACAAAAUAACUGUAUUUAUUGAAAAAACCAAUAAAAAUUACAUUAAUUAUAUUAAUA